GCCUCUCAGCCGCCGCCGCUCCCCCCUCGAGGCCCGGCCAACGCCGCCCGCCGCGCCUCGCGGACGCUGACGGGGAGGGGAGGGGAGCGUCCCGCGAGCGCCGACGGGGGUUGGGCGCCCCCCGCCGGUGCGCUAGCGGCGCAGGCCUCGGCAAGGAGCGAGGGGCUGCCCGACGAGCCGGUCACCAUGUCUGGCGUGGGAGUAGGCUCCUGCGGGGGGUCGGGCUCUGGGGCCUAUGGCGGGGCGGCGGCGGCUUCGUCGUCGUCGUCCCCUGGCGGAGCCGGCGGCGGCGGCGGCGGACUGUCGAUGUUCCGCUGGCUGGAGGUGCUGGAGAAGGAGUUCGACAAGGCGUUCGUGGACGUGGACUUGCUGCUGGGUGAGAUCGACCCUGACCAGGCGGACAUCACCUAUGAGGGCAGGCAGAAGAUGACCAGCUUGAGCUCCUGCUUUGCUCAGCUCUGCCACAAGGCGCAGACCGUCUCCCAGAUCAACCACAAGCUGGAGGCGCAGCUAGUGGAUCUUAAAUCAGAACUGACAGAAACGCGAGCUGAAAAAGCAGUGUUAGAAAAAGAGGUACAUGAUCAGCUACUGCAACUCCAUGCUAUUCAGCUUCAGCUCCAUGCCAAAACUGGUCAGAAUGUUGAUUCAGGGGCAAUAAAGGCAAAAUUGGAGAGAGAACUUGAAGCCAACAAAAAAGAAAAAGUGAAAGAAGCUCAACUUGAAGCUGAAGUGAAGUUGCUUAGGAAGGAGAAUGAGGCGCUUCGUCGACACAUAGCUGUACUCCAGGCAGAAGUGUAUGGAGCAAGACUUGCAGCCAAAUAUUUAGAUAAAGAGCUAGCAGGAAGGGUUCAGCAAAUUCAAUUGCUAGGCAGAGAUAUGAAAGGACCUGCACACGAUAAACUCUGGAACCAGCUAGAAGCUGAAAUCCAUCUGCACCGACACAAAACUGUGAUAAGAGCAUGUCGGGGUCGCAAUGACCUAAAGCGACCCAUGCAAGCACCCCCAGGACAUAAUCCAGAUUCCUUGAAGAAAAGUCAAGGUGUUGGUCCAAUCAGAAAAGUGCUUUUGGUGAAAGAAGAUCAUGAAGGAUUGGGCAUUUCAAUAACGGGUGGAAAGGAGCAUGGUGUUCCCAUCCUAAUCUCCGAAAUUCACCCAGGUCAGCCUGCCGAUAGAUGUGGUGGUCUACACGUUGGAGAUGCCAUUUUGGCAGUAAAUGGAGUUAAUUUGAGAGAUGCCAAACAUAAAGAAGCUGUAACUAUUCUUUCCCAGCAGAGAGGGGAAAUUGAAUUUGAAGUUGUGUAUGUUGCUCCAGAAGUAGACUCUGAUGAUGAAAAUGUAGAGUAUGAGGAUGAGAGUGGACAUCGUUAUCGUCUGUAUCUUGAUGAAUUGGAGGAAGGUGGAAAUUCUGUUUCUAAUAGAAAAGACGGAAGUGGAGAUGUCAAGCCAAUGCAAGUGUUUGAUAAGAAAGCAAGUAUUGACAGUCAUGAAAAUGGAGACCUAGGAAAUUCAAUUGAAACAGAAGAGACUGUGUCUAAACUAGCCCACUCUGCUGAGAGCUUAGCCUAAAAAGUCCUACCCCUAAAUCAUCAACAGAACUGGUCCUUUCUUUAAGAUGGGUUGUGUAGACUGGUCUACAUUAUAUAUGCCACAGAAAGUUCAAAAAGAAAAAAGACUAAAGUAAAGGGAAACUGUGUAACUGUUACCUGAAAAAACCCUGUUCUGUUGAUUACCUCAGGGCUUCGUUACGAGCAAAUCAAAAUGUGUAAACUUCCCAUUUUUCUAAGAAGUUGCAUGUCAAAUGAAUUUCCCAUUCAAUGAUAAGCACCAAAGCAUGUUGUUUCCAAAGGUUUUCCUUGAAUCUUACUUUGGAUUGUGUUUAUGAUAAAAGGUAUAGAAUGAUGUGGAAGAAGUUUGACAUCUUUUUCCCCUAAUAGCAAAAAACAAAAAAAGGGAAAAAGCAUCUAUUUCCUAGAGAAAUAGCCUUCAGCUGUCAUAGACAGAGGGCAUGAGUUCUCUGUGGUGUAUUCCUGACUUUGUUAACUGGUUAUUUUAAGUGUGUCUUAACUGGUUAUUUUAAGUGCAUCUUGUCAAAGAAAGGUGAACAGGAAAAAGUCACUUCAUGUUUUUUACAAUAUACAAACAUCCGUUUUCCUUAUAAACAUCCAUGCAAAACAUUUUGAUUGCUAAAUAUUUAUUGUGACGUUCUAUGAAUUGGGCCUCAAGUGAUCUGUUCAUAGAUGAAUUUUCUUUCAGCAUUAUAUAAUGCAUUGGGUGUCAUUCAAAUAUUUAUGCUUCCUUGCCAAUCAAUGCUGGAUUCAAAAUCUUCUCCAAAUGUAUUGAAUUGCAUUCUGUUUAUUAAUUUUUAAAGGCAAAAUUAGUAUAAAAUUGGCCAGCUGAAAUUAUGUAUGCCGUUUAGUCUUUCAUGGGGCUGUCAUACAUUGGAAUCAUUGGGUGGGUAUCACUCUGUACACUGGUUUGAGUUGGAUUUGGGUAGCUAAUUCUUCCCACUGCACCUUGUUAGAGUCACCACACAGUGUUAUCUGCAUAACCCUGGUUGUUUGAAGGAAUCCAGUAGAUUUAUGAAUCAGCUGUACUCCUGACAAUCUGUAAAAAUCUGGCUUUUUCAAAACGCACUAACAUUUAACCCUUUCAACAAUCCAGUUUCACACAUCUCUCCCCCACAUUAUCGGUGACUGCAGAGGUUGCUGUGCAUUGGAAUGGAAAUGCCCAUGCAAAUAUACUCUUAGCUAUAAUUUUGUUUGGGAGGAAAUACUCUUUUACGGGCAUGAUUUUAUGAGAGGUCCUAAGAAUGGCAACUCAAGUCUUUCUAUUAACAUUCUCUAUUAGAGCAGCAGACUCAUGAGACUUUUGGCAUGAUAAGAUGAGAAGGAGCCAUUGAACACGUAAGCAUUGAAUCUGUAGUAAAAUAGUCUUAUGAUGGCUUCAGCAAAAACGGUCCCCUGCUUUUUGAAAAUGUCCAAGUUACUGCGAGAACAAUUGACCACAAUAUCACUGCUUUAAAACUAUUGCUGAUGGCUCUGCCCACAUGGCGGCAUAGCUGUCUGUAAGCUCCAGUCACACAGUUAGUUGAGAAUUGUUACACACUGGGAACAAGGUUGUAGCAACUUUUUGGUGUCUCAUGUUGGGAGCUUAUAGACCAUGAGCCUUCCAUGUGGUUAAAGCUCUUGUGGAAAGAAUUCUCUGGUUAUGAUUGUGAGGUAUAUAUAGUUGCAAUGCAAUGCCCGCCACAUAAAUGGAAUGCUUGUGGUACCAGGGUUGUGGUAGGCAUCGCUUCGCCACGCUAUGUGAAGAGGGUCAUGUGAAUUUCCCCUAGACAAAUGGAAGUCAGUACAUUGUAUAUCUGGCAGGGAUGGUUUUGGCACUGUUCAGGAUCAGCUACCAAAUUUGUUACAUUACAACUGGACUGUAUUUGUGUUUUGUUUUGUUUUUUUAAAGAAAACCCGUAAUAUUACAAAAUGGCUCAUCUGAAAGGUCCAAGGCAUUUUUAUAGUACAUUGAUAUUAAGGGGGCUGUCUUGGCUAGGUCCUAUCUACUGGGGGAUGUGUGUGUGUGUGUGUGUGUGUGUGUGUGUGUACACAUACACAUGUAUCUUAUAAGAAUGCACAUUUUCCAUAUGCAAACACUUAAAACCAUGUAAUAGCUUUUAUUAUUAUAGGAUAAAGCAUGAAAUGCCUGCCCUUCAUUGCCUGUUUUGCAGGCCAUUAAACUGUCACAUGUAAAGAUGUAUUUUGAGAGUGGAAAUAAUGUAAAAUGAAACUUUGUAAGGUGUUUUUCUAUAGAAUGUACAUAAAUGGAAAAAGUGAAAGCCCUUUAGCGUAAUGUCAGUUAACCUAAUGUUUAAUGCUAAAAAUGUUGUGUUGUAGAACACAUUUAAACUUGUCUCUUCUAGAUGCACUAUAUAUGUUUAUAGAGAUCUUAAAAAUGUAAAUACUUUAUGCAAAAAAUGCUAUUUAUAAAUUCUUUAACUGUUGCUCAUAAAUAAUUUUUGUGUGUCAUUCCACUCACUUGCUCAUGAAAAUGUAUUUCAUUUGCAGUAAUUUUUUAUAGCUGCUCCUUUAAUACUGCAUAUUAUUAAAUACUGUUAAAGUAAUGUUGCAGUAGUAAUACUGCAUAUUAUUAAAUACUGUAAUACUAUCUCCAAGGAAAACCAAGUCUUUGAAGCAAGCAAUGAAGAUGGAAACAACACAUUGUCCAAUGUUCACGAAUGUGCCUUUGCCUGUCAUCUAAGGCAAUGAAGAAGUGCAUGUAAUUUUCUGGAGUAUUUUGUAAAUAAUAUUUCACCAUGUAAUCCUUUAUCCAGGUAUCCUUUUAUUUUUCAUUACAGAAUUGAGUUAUCCCUUUACACUGGUCCUUCAUACGAGAAGGAACAGAUGCCCCUUUCGGGAGUUUGAGUGAAAGUGGGGAGCUUAACGUGGGCAGGCCAGAAUACAGGGCACAACUCAAAAGUCCCCAUGUAUGCUUGGUUUUGCUGAAUGAGGUUUGAAGCCCUCUUCACGAUAGGUGUCAAAUGUGUGCAAGUCUGAAGCAAAGCCACCCCACGUUAGGGAUGCUGGGAGUGGGGAUGGUGUAAGCAUUCCCCUUUCCAGUUGAAGCCUGCAUGCCUUUGCUCAAACUCUUGAAUAGGGUUGUGGAGUGAUUUAUGUCUCUGAGUGGGACUUGCUUAGGAGGACAUGGCUUUUGCACACUCUUUAUGUGCAGCAGAAAUGACCUUAGUCUCUCCUUCAGAAUGAACCUUUCAGUGUUCUCUCCAUUUAUGGGCUGAUUCCUGGAAUGUUGAAUUGUAAGCUUUUGCAAGAAAGCCUUGUAUCUCUCUCUACUUUCUUGUUAAUAGUAUUCCAGAGAUUCUACAUAUGGAUUAUAUUCGGGAGAACAGAUUGUCUCCUCUGAAGCCCCAGAAGCAUGUGCCCUUUCACAUCAUAAUACUGUUGUUCUGUCACAAGUGACAAAAAUGCAGAUGUUGUUUUGCCCUCAUUGCAUUUGCAUAACUGCAGUAUUUAUUAAAAUCAGGCUUCUCCUGAAGUUUUUCUUGGUACUAUGUUGUUCUUCAUGUGAUAGUAUUAUUGAAAAUGCAUCACUGGGUUAUGUCCACACUCACAGACAAGCAGCAGCGAAAGAGACGCACUCUGACCACCACCAUUGCUAGUUCCUCUAGACACACUUGGGGAAGCCUGGAACUUUUGAAAUGUUGCUCUGAUACAAUGGAUGUGAUUGCACAACCUACAAGACUGUCAAUGGUAACAUGUCAGGCUUGUUGGAUAUCGCUUGUAAACUCAAUGUUUUUUUCUUUCUACUUUGCUAAUAAAAUGAAAGAUUCAGCCUGCUGUUUCCAAGAGCCAGAUGAGUUUAGAUUUGUGGGGCUUGCAGGAAAAGUCAGUAUGAACUCUUUGUUUGGUUUAAGUUUAUCAUUAAAAAGCAUUUGUAUUUUA